GUCAGAAAUGGCGAACCCCAUAUGGUAGAUCGAAUGGGGCUUCAAUAUGUCGAUAGAAGGGGGUCUGUCAAGUAAAGAAUAUGGCGGCACCCAUGAAAAACAUGCGACCGGCUUCAGUGUAAAUAAAGGAGACAUAUCUGACAAUUUAGUUGAGAGAACGGCAUCAUAUCAUAAAAAGAACAAUGAAGAUCAAAUUUUGUCAUUUCAAGAUGGCGACAUUAUCGAAAAAAAUAUUGACACUGACACUGAAAAUGUACAAUUUCUAUCAAGCGAAGAUCUUGACAGCUUCAGGACAGAUCCUCAAAACGAUUCCGAAUGGCUGAGAAGUAGACAAGAUAGUGUUAACUUUGACAUUCCUUCGUCGUCUUCUGAUGAGGGGGAUUUCUUUGAGGCGAGCGUCGUCGAUCUCGCCUCAGGUGGUAUAUCACUGCCACUGGACAGUGAUGUUUCUGGUGCUCAAAUGUUCAUGUCUCCUUUAAAUCAGCCCGUGUUCAGCACAACAGAUACAAAUCUAGUCAUUCCACCAUCUUCCAUUCAUCAAAACAUUAACUCUGUAUUAAAUGCAGACAUUGUCACAGGGCAGUUAUCACAGUCUAUAAAAAACAAUGAACAAACUGAUACAUGUACUACAGAAAACUCUCAAACCAUUACAAUAGUUGGCCAGAAUGAGGACAUAAAUAAUACUGCAAGACAAAGUGCAACCUACAAUGUAGGAAAGCCGCCUGGUCAAAUACGGGAUCCCACAGCAUUGAUAGCCCCUAUCAAUGCCAAUAGCCCACAGUUGAUUCAAGCAACAGCGAUUCCACAGACAAUUCAAGUGAUACCACCACAGUCCUCAGUGACUCCACAAGGGAAUAUGAAGUUUGCCACAAUUUCCAUUUCAACAGACAAACCCUCAAACUCCACCCACAUCUUGGUGAAUACAAACCAAGGCAACCAGUUAUAUAAAAUCAAUACAGCUGAUCUACAACAAGCUACAAAUGCAAUAAAACCAGCGAACGAAGGACAACAACAUCAAACAAUCCCACAAACAGGUUAUUUGCUGUUAAGUCCUGACACAUCUAACAAUGGACUUGUUAACAUUGUACAGAUGGAUGGCGUACAAAAGGUCCUACAGAUAGAAAAUUCCCCUAAAGUGUUCAUGAAUUCUUUAGAGAAUAAGAAGGUGUUCGUUUGUCCAGUAGAAGGCUGUAGUAAGAUGUUUAGGAGAUUAUCCAAGUACAAAACUCAUCAAAUGAGACAUACUGGAGAAAGGCCAUUUAAAUGUUCCAAAGCAGGCUGUGAAUGGGCGUUUACAACUCAUUACAAGUUAAAACGACAUGAAGAAUCACACGAGGGGAGGAAGUCUUUCAUGUGUCCUAUACCUGACUGUGGAGGGAAGUUCACAACCGUUUAUAAUCUCAACUCGCAUAUAAAGUUACAUAGCAGACCAUGUACAGAGCAAUGUCCUGUGGAAGAAUGUGCACUGAAGUUUGCUACCAAGAGACAGUUAGAUGCUCACAUGAAAUCACACAGUGGUCAUGAAAAAACAUACAAAUGUCCUCAUGAAGGUUGCGACAAAGUGUUCAUUUCAGCAUUGUCAAUGGGUUCUCAUCCAAGGGUUCAUCAACAUAACAAAGAAGAUCUGACCUGCACAUUUGAAGGCUGUGGGAAGGUGUUUGACAAAACCUGCAGGCUAAAACAGCAUAUGAGAUCACAUACAGGAGAAAAACCUUACAUCUGUGGGUUUGAAGGUUGUGAGUGGGCUUUUACAACAGCCAGUAAAUUAAAACGACACCAAGCCAAACACACAGGGGUCAGAAAGUGGGUGUGUGACCUCUGUGGUAAAGCUUUCAUGAGAUCUGAGCAUCUUAAAGGUCAUAAAAUCACACAUUCGGGAGAUAAACCAUUUGCCUGUCCUGUAGAAGGAUGUGGUAUUAAAUUCACUGCCAAAAGUAGUCUAUUUGUUCAUAUAAAGAAGCAUGAGAAUGGUGGGAAGAAAGUGAUGUACCACUGUCCCAUGGAGGGAUGUCUGAAAAAGUACUCCAACAAACCCUCACUGAGGGCUCAUAUUGUCAAACAUGUCAAACAGGUCAUGUCUGAGGGAAACAGUACACAGGCUGACAACUUGGAUAUCAUGCCUUACUUAGACAAUGAUCUGCCAGAUAUUGGACUGCUGGCAUCUAUAGAUGGACCCAAUUCUACAGUUCCAGAGGGUCAGACGGAAGUGACCAAUACAGACUGUCCUCAGAAUGCCCCAGUCCAAGAAACUUCCUCUGGACAAGUGAUGAUAGAUCCAUCUGAAUUUAUAGCGUCUUCUGGCAUUUCAGAAACAUCAUUCAUUACUACAGAUAGUGGUGAUGUACAACAGAUUAGUCCUGAUGUCAUCAACCAGAUCCUAUCUUCCAUGGAACGACAGGAUCAGAUGGCCACCACAACUACUGACUCGAUCGUGACACCCUCACCUAGCUCAAAGACAAAAGGAACAAUGUCAAAUAGUAAAUCAGGUGGUUCAGCAAGGACAGAUUACCAUGGUAACCAUCUGAUGAGUGAGAGAGCAAAGAAAAGAAGAAAUAAGGAGGCAUCAUCCUCAGUACCUGCCGACACUUCAUUCCAAGACACAGCAGAGAAGAAUAACUACAUGACUAAUUCUUUCACAUCAGGUGAUGGCAUGACAUCAAGAGGGAUUACAUUCCGAGAUCCAGAGACAGGGGUGUUGUAUCUACAGACCCAGCUAUUACAGGAUGACCCACCAAAUAUGGAUAUGUACUGUGAAGACCAAGAGAUUUCUCCUGACCUGCCAGUGACCUCGUGUACGCCUUUACAUGACAAUACUUCUAUACCAGAAUUUACUGAGUCUACUAUAAACUUACAAGAUCUGGAGUAGAUUAUCUAUACCAGAAUUUACUGGGUCCACUAGAAAAUUGCAGGACCUGGAGUAGAUCAUACAACUCACAGAAUCUGGAGUAAAUUAUCUAUGCCAGAAUUUACUGGGUCCACUAGAAACUUGCAGGAUCUAGAGUAGAUUCUCUAAGCCAGAAUCUCCUGGGUCCAUUAGAAACUUAAAGGAUCUGGAGUAGAUAAUAUAACUUACUGGAUAUGGAGUAGAUCAUUACAGCUGAUUGUAUUGCCGUGCUACAGACUUAAAUCACUUGACUGUUGGAGCAAGCAUUUAUCAUUAUACAACAAAAUGAUCUGAUGGGGUUGGUUUUGUUACAUUGGACCAACUUUCUCAAACUAAUUGCAUUUGUGGAUUGCAAAAGAUAUUCUUGUCAGUUGAUCAUCUGGUGAAAUGGCUAUAUUGGUUUUUUUAAACAUUAAAAUUAUAAUAAAUUUGUAUAAGACUACCAUAUAAAUAAGAAGACUGUUUAUCUGAACAUAACUUAGCAGCUUUCGUCUGGAUUCAUUGCAUUUAAAUUAAAUCUGAAGGCAGAUUACUUUCCAAGUUGAAAUCAUGCUUAAAUUGCUUUAAUGUAAAAAAAAAUUUCUGAAAAUAUUACAAACAGUAGAAAAUGUGAUUUUGAUUUAAAGAAUAUAGUAAUGAGUUCAUCAUGGCUGAUAUGAUAUUGAAUUUAGUUCUCAAAAAGACAUAAAAUUUGAUAGAAUCCAAGGGUAUUUGGUCCUUGGCUACUUAUGGUAUAAUUUAGGGUUUAAUGCAUUCAGUUUUAAGCACCACUGAACAGAAAUUGAUUUUUGAAAUGCACAUUCUUUAAAUUUUGUAUUGGUGUCUUUUGUAAGACUGGUGUUCAUGUUGACUUUUUCAAACAAAAGUGCUAUGAUAUUUAGGUAUAAUGUACAUUAUUUUCUUGAAUGUGCAAUAUUCCUGUAGUUUUAGUUUUAUUUGUUAACAAAGAAUUAAGUGAUCAAAAAUAUAUAUAAAAUUCUGUUGGUUGAUGCACAUAACAUCUUCGACAGAUGUUUAAAAUAUAAUUGUAACAACUGAUUGUCUAUUAAACUAUGAUAAAAAUAUUAGCCUUAUUAGGAAUCAAACAGGACUGAAUUUAAUUGUUUGGUAAAUAAACAGGUAUUUUGUUUAGACAUGUUAGAGGCAACACAACAUGUUAAAAGAAAGUUGAUAAGCUAUAUCUCGAUAUUUUGUUCACUGGAAAUAUUUUCCAGUAAUUUUGCAUAACAAAUAUUCCAUGUAAAAUUCUACAGGGGAAAAAUUCAAACCUAUGUAUCUUUUAAAAAUACUAAAUGUUAUAUAAUCAAAACAAGACAAAGGUAGAUAGAUGUUGUUAUGUAUUAAUCACAGCAUUACAGAUUUGUCAAUAAUGAAAAUAUUAAAAAUUAUACUAUGAAGGUAAUGCUGCACAUGCAAGUUCUUAUAAUUUUUAAUCAGUAAUUGGGUAAUUGGUCACUCCUUUCAAGGAUACUGUUUGGUUUGAUUUCACCUUUGAAAUUAUGGCUCAUCUGAAUAAAUUUAGAAUGGACUUUUCUUUUAGGAAUAUAAAUUGAUAUUUUAUUGAUAUUUUAUAGAGUACCGAGCUUUCCAAUACAUUAUAUACCACAAAAGUGUUGUGUUGUCUGUAAAAUAGUUUCAAAUGUGUGUAGAAAAUUGACAUGUAUUUUGUAAGAUUGAAUUAUAUGAAUAAGCGGGUUUUACUGCAAACUUCAUAUAGAAUGGUUUUUCCAUUCAUCAUUUUGAAUUGUAUUUUGUUACAAUUAUAGAUGAUAUAUUGUUAUAAAUAAAUCUGUUGUCAGUUA